CAUAACGUGUAUAAAUUGGUCCACUCCUCACCUUGCGUCGAUUAAAAGUACGAUAAAAUAAUAUAAACUAUAAAAUAAGCCCGCCUAAACGGCAACAAAAAGCUUCUCUUCCGCCAAAAUGUUACUUCCAUCUCUGGCCGAAUCUCCCGCCACGGAGAGCGUCAGUCGUGACGUAAUCUCCGGUGUCUCCGGGCUGAACCAAUGAGCAUCGGGAAGCGGCCGCUGUCUGACCAAUCAAAUGAGCUGCUGGCCGGAAACAGCUGCUCUUACUUUGGAGGCGGGGAAUUAUUGGCGCUAAAGUCGGCUUGUUGGAGGAGAAAGACGAGGCGCGCAGUCGAAGUCUGGAAGCGACUUUCUGCUAACGUCGUUCAACAAAAGGUGACCAAGAUGCCGAGCACGCGCUCCCAGGGUCUUGCCCAGCCCACCCUGUCCUUCCCCAGACGCAAGUCCUGCCGGGUGUCCUGCAAGACCGAAGCCCCUCAAGUGGAGAAGCCGCCAGCCAAGAAAACCUUGGCCCAAACUGGACCGAAGACCCUGGCCCAAACUGGACCGAUGAAGCCCGUCCCCUUGCUGUCCCACGCCGUUCUUCUUUCGCCGAGGCGCAGCGCGACGACGGCCCCUCCCUCGCCAGCCAGGCUGCCUCUCAGCCCGCGCAAACGCACAGGCGAAGACAACGUCCUCAACGUCUGCGCUCAGCACGCGUCUCCGCCCAAGCAAAGCAGGGCGACCACGCCGCUGCUGUCCCCGCGUCGCCUGGCCUUCGAUGAAAACUCGCCCGUCUGUGCUCGCCGUCGCCUGAUCCCCUCCUCCCCCGCCGCCGCUUCGUCGCCAGGGCCCGCCCGGCCGAGUCAGGACCAGAAGAAGUCUGAAAGGUCCAGGUUCCUCAGCGUCAAGCAGGCGCUCCACACCGCCACCCCCCCGCGCCUCCUGUCCCGCGACCACCAGCGAGACGCCAUCAGCUCCUUCCUCAGGGACACGGCCGCUCGCCGUCUGCCUGGUGGUCUCUACAUCUCAGGAGCACCGGGCACCGGAAAGACCGCCUGUCUGGACCGUGUGCUGCUAGACAUGAAGGAGGAGUUAGAGUGUGUGCACACCAUCAUCAUCAUCAUCAACUGCAUGACUGUGAGAACUUCUCACUCCAUCUUCCCUCUUCUGGCACACAUGAUGCACCUGCCUGAUGGACCCCGAGGUCUGCAGGCACACCUGACCUCACCUGGACCUGCUGUGCUCCUGGUUCUGGACGAGAUGGACCAGCUGGACAGCAAGUCCCAGGACGUCCUGUACACCAUCUUUGAGUGGCCUCACCUGCCCAAGUCCCGCCUCUGUCUCAUCGGCGUCGCCAACGCGCUGGACUUGACGGACCGCAUCCUGCCCAGACUGCAGGCGCGCCCUCGCUGCCGACCUCAGCUGCUCAACUUCCCGCCCUACAGCCGCCAGGAGCUGAGCGCCAUCGUGCAGGACCGCCUUUCUCAGGCGUCGGCGGGCGGGAUCCUGGACACCGCCGCCGUGCAGUUCUGCGCCCGCAAAGUGUCGGCCGUGUCAGGGGACGCCAGGAAGGCUCUGGACAUCUGCAGGCGAGCGGUGGAGAUGGUGGAGUCUGACGGCAGGAAGACGGCGUGCCAGCAGAAAGACGAGGCGUGCCGCGUCAGCGUCCCUCAGGUGGCGCGCGUCCUCUCCGAGGUGUACGGCGACCGCAUGGCGUCGCAGGGCGGCGCCCCCGAUGGCGAGAACUUCCCCCUCCAGCAGAAACUUCUGGUGUGCUGCCUGCUGCUGCUGGCACGCGGCGGCAAGAGCAAAGAAGUCGUGCUCGGCAAGCUCCAUGAGGUCCACGGCCGCCUGUGCGCUCAGAGGCAAGUGGGCGGAGUCAGCCAGGCCGAGUGUUUGUCGCUCUGCUCGCUGCUGGAGAGUCAAGGAGUGUUCGCUCUGAAGAAAGCCAAAGAAGCUCGACUCACUAAAGUGUUCCUGAAGAUCGAGGAGAAAGACGUGGAGAACGCUCUGAAGGAUCGCACGUUGGUCGGCAGCAUUCUGGCGGCCGGACUCCCUUGAGCUAAUUUUUUUUUUCAAUUUUAUUUUGUAGCUUUUUUUGAAGGUGAACUUUAAAAGGUUUUUUAUUUUAUUUUUUCUUAUUAUAAAAUUCUCAUUUUUGCUGAGGAUGUCAUUUUUAAAGUCAGGUUUGUUGUUGAAAAUAAACUGACGGAUUUUGUUUCUUUUAAA